AUGCGGUGGCAUUCCCUACGGUCGUGGGCCUUGCCGGCUGUGUCUCUGGCCUCGUUAUUUCUGGUUGCCCAGGCAGGGCAGGACGUCAAUGGGAAGCCGGUUCUUAAAUUUGGUGAUGCUGUUCCUAUCGAUAGCCCCAAUACUUACUACUCGGACUUGCACCCGUGUCCGCAGGCAUGCUUGAACAGCAAGCCUGAUUCGUGGACUGUCUACCCUUCAGUUGAGCGUCUUGCCUUCUGUAGUCAGCCUAUGCUGUUCAGUAUGGCCAUCCACAACCCUGUCAAUGUUGAAGGAACGACGGUAAAGAUCCGAGCUUGCACCGCCAGCACCAAGAGCGACGCGGAUAACACCGUCAAUGCGCUGUUUACCAACGAGACGGCUGCAUCCCGCAAAAUCACAAAGCGCGACAAGACAGAGCCGGGCUGCCAAAGCUUUCAGCCUGAGGAGACUCCGGUUUCUCUCAAGUUCAGCCAACAGGGGUCCAAUGCAGGGAGUCUCGACGAUAUUGCCGCCGUUCUCGACAAACUCCAGGGCUAUCUAGAGCAAGGCUCUCCUUGUCAGGAUCCACCCACCCUAUUUGGAUACUCCAAUGGAACUGUUGCAGGUGUUUACGUUGGUUCAUCCUUUGACAGAAAAUCGCUCUCGUCUGUCACAACUGCCCUGUCGCAACAGGUCACAACCAAUGGAGCCGCCGACACCAUGAUUGCACAGCUCUGCGGCGAGAAACGCAAUGCCAACCAUGUUUUCGGUAUUGCUAUCGACACCACGGGGAGCAUAGCCACCGUACAGAAUGCAUUGGUGUCUUGGAAUCGUCACGGGAAAUGUGUGGACGGCCUUAAGAGCUCAGCCACAUGGGACAAAGUCAAGGUUUGGGAGUCGACCGUGGAUUUGCGACCUCUCGUGUCCAACAGAAACACUACGGCCCAUUCUACUUCGCAAAGAAACUCCUCUGCAUUACAUAGACGCUCUGACUGCACAACUAUCACCGUUGUAGCGGGCGACGGUUGCGAUACGCUUGCGAGUCGUUGCGGCAUUUCUGGUGCCGAUUUCACGAUAUACAAUUCUGCAGAUGAUACAUUUUGCUCAAACCUGGUACCUAACCAGCGCGUGUGCUGCACGGCUGGAACAUUGCCCGAUAUCUCUCCCAAACCCAAUGCCGAUGGAAGCUGCGCGACAUAUCUCACCACAGAUAACGACAACUGCGAUGCAUUGGCCGCAGAGUACGGGUUGACUGUUGACAAGCUUGAAGAGUACAACAAGGGCACCACCUGGGGUUGGAAUGGAUGCAGUAACCUGUUUACUGGUGUCAAUAUUUGCCUGAGCAGUGGCACCGCGCCGAUGCCAGCUCCUAUUGACAAUGCUGUCUGCGGUCCAGUCAAGCCGGGGACCGUUGCCAUAUCUGGAGUGGAUCUUGCGGAUCUCAAUCCAUGUCCUCUCAAUGCAUGCUGUAACAUAUGGGGCCAGUGUGGCGUAUCCGCAGACUUUUGCAAUCCAGAGCGCGGUCCCGAUGGCAAUCCAGGAACAUCUCCCCCGGGUACAGCUGGAUGCAUAUCUAGUUGCGGAACUGCUGUCGUGAAGAGUGACACUCCACCAGCUGAAUAUGGCCGUGUAGGAUACUACGAGUCGUGGAAUUUCGAUCGAGACUGUCUCUUUCAGCGAGCGAUCAACGCCAAUACGGAUGGUACCUACACGCACAUCCAUUGGUCCUUUGCCAAUAUCAACACUGAUGACUGGACUGUCGUAAUCGAUGAUCCAGACAAUCAAUGGGAGCAGUUCAAAUCCCUGGAUGUCAAACGCGUGGUCUCCUUUGGUGGCUGGAGCUUUUCAAAUGAUCAGCCUACAUACGAUAUCCUGCGAGAAGCCAUGUCGCCCGCCAACAGAGCAACAUUUGCUCAGAAUUUGGCCAACUUCCUCACAUCCGAGGGAAUUGAUGGUAUUGACUUUGACUGGGAGUAUCCCGGAGCCACCGAUAUUCCUGGUACCCCAGCGGGCCAAGCCAGUGAUGGACCCAAUUAUUUGAAGUUCCUAACCACAGUGAGAUCAAAAUUGCCGAGCGGAAAGACAAUGUCCAUUGCUGCUCCUUCAUCCUAUUGGUAUCUCAAGAACUUUCCUAUUAGUAGCAUGGCCAACCAGCUGGACUACAUUGUGUAUAUGACAUACGAUCUCCAUGUUACCAAGGCCGGUGUACCAACGAACAAAAUUUUCGUCGGUGAAUCAAGCUAUGGUCGUUCAUUCCUCAUGUCAUUCGAAGGCUGUACCCAACCAUAUUGCUUGUUUGAGGGCGACUGGCUCAACUCUCCAGCUGCGCCGGGAAUUUGCACCCAAGAACCGGGAUACAUUGCCAAUGCCGAGAUUGAGGAGAUUAUCUUCGAGGCCAACAACGUGAAAGCUUGGCAUGAUGACGCAUCGGAUUCAGACAUUGUCGUUUACGAUGGCGUGCAAUGGGUGGCGUACAUGACAGACGACACAAAGACCAAGCGUCGGGAAGUCUACAGAGGGUAUAACUUUGCAGGGACCAUUGAUUGGGCGACAGAUCUGCAGGCAUUCACGGAAGAUGAGUAUCAAGGCCCAGACGGCACCGAGGGAACCGAUCAGCCCGCAAUUCCGCUGGCGGAUUGCAACGCUUCCUACGACAGUCUGGACGCCAUUGAGGCAGACGCUAACAAUAUUCCUCAAGAAUGCCUUUCCCUGUAUAUCGUGACGCAGUUGAAGGCGACACUAGAUGACGCUCUCGGUCGCUAUGACCAGCUUUUGGCCGGAGACUACGACCAGAGUUUUGAUAUCUACGCCAAGGCUGUUGUGAACAGUGCAGGAAAGCAGGUGGAUGACUUUAUGGCCAAACACGGCAACGACUAUUUCACAUGCGAGAUCACCGAGGAGAUCUGGUGCUGCGACAAGUGCAAGGGUCUAGGUCUAACGGACACCGCAGAGUGUCGAUACUGUCAAGACUGGAACUGUGGCUGGAACAGCAACUGCAACCACAACACUGGAGGCGGAGAAGGCACCGUCACGCCUUGCCCAAAUAUUGAAUCACGCUGGCAGAAUUUCACGGAGCCCUGUGCGCCUGACUACUCUCUCCGCGGUGAGACUGCCCCCGAGGCUGGGUACACCUGGCAUGAGGCGAUAUACUGGUCUCUCCGCGAUGACAAGGCGGACCAGUUCUGGACCGACCUAUACACCAACGUCGGUAUCAACAAGGAUAACAUCAAGUUUGGAGAUAAACAAUACGGGGAGUGUGAGCCGUCUGAUGAACACUGUUGGGACCAUGACUAUGAGCAUGACUACCCCAUCCCCGUUGGAUACGAUAAGAGCGACGUGAUUAACCCGAAGGAUAUUGUUUCCAAUGCCCGAGAUAAGCUCAAUGGACUUGCUCCACAACUAGAUGACGCACUCCGACAGAUGCGCAACUGGUUGUAUCUACCUAGCGGGGACGACCUUGCCGACGCCAUCUCAUUACCAGUGUUCAUGAUAUCGGAUGCUGUCGACAGUAUGGAGAAAAUCAAAGACAUUGCGGAUGAAAUUCAGGAGGAACAGCGCAAAGCAAUUAUCCUCGGAUUUCUCAGUGCGCUGUUCUUCUUUAUUCCCGUUGUUGGCGAGGUUGUGGGUUCUUUUGUUGAACUGGCGAACAUCGGUCGGAUCAUUUCGUUGGUUGGUGCAACGGGCAAUGCAGCUCUGGAUAUUUAUACUAUCGUCAAUGACCCGGCAAAUGCACCACUUGCCAUCUUCUCGCUCGUUCUUGCUCCUCUGGCUAUCACUGACAUUGUUGCGCUAUCCAAGGCUGCCGGGGUUCGACGUGGUAUGUCGUCUGACACGCUCAGGGCAUUUGGUGAUGUUGUUAAUGCGAAGUUGGAUACCAUUACUCGUAUCAAGAAUGUGUGCAAGGCAUGA